AUGAGUAAAACUCACACCCUGUUCUUCAAGUCAGUCAGGCCAGAGCAUGCUGGAGAGAUCAGGUUCACCGCACAGCGUGUGUCAUCCUAUGCAACUCUCACAGUGAAAGAGCUCCCAGUCCAGAUAGUGCGUCCUCUGAGGGUCAAGAUAGCCAUGUAUCGCCACCGGGGUCUGCUGGAGUGCCAGGUGUCACGACCCAACGCCCAGGUCAGGUGGUACAAGAACGGGAAGGAGCUUCUGCCCGGUAAGAAGUAUCAACUAAUCAGCCAAGAUGUCUACAGGCAGCUGACUAUCGACGACGUAAGCUCCUCAGAUGAGGACACCUACACAUGUGACGCAGGAGAUGAUGAAACCUCAUGUCAGCUCCUAGUGGAGGAGCAGGCUAUCAGUAUAGUGCGGGGGAUGAGCUCAGUGGAGGUGAUGGAGCCAGAGCCAGCACUGUUCCAGGUGGAGACCAGCCUGAAGUCAGGGAGGCCUCCGAGGUGGACGCUGAACGGCAAAGUGCUGGAGCCAUGUGCGAUGGUGAACAUCGACAGGGAGGGCACCCUCCACAGUCUCUGUCUCACCUCCACAGAAAGCUCCAUGUCCGGCCCUGUGGUCUUUGUAGCUGGCAAGAGUCGCUCCACUGCUCAGCUUACUGUGAAAGAACGACCGCUUCAGGUUGUUCGCCACAUGGACGAUGUGGAGGCGAAGGAGAACAGCUCUGUGACUCUGAGCUGUCAGUUCACCCCAUCUCCCAGGGUGGUGCGGUGGUUUAAAGGUCGCACCGCUCUGAAGACCUCAAACAAGUACAGCAUGAAGAGAGAGGGGAAACGAGCAGCGCUGACCAUUCACGGCUUGACAGGGAUGGAUGGAGGGCAGUACCGCUGCAUGGCUGGAGGCUCCCAGAGCUCAGCACACGUGAAAGUAGAAGUGCGAACACUUAAGUUGGUCAAAUACCUUGAGGCGGUGGAAAUCGAGGAGGAUGGCGUCGCCUCGUUCUCGUGCGAGCUCAACUAUGUGGUCGCCAACGUGGAGUGGCUCCUCAACAAUGUCCGCCUCUAUUCCAACGCCAUCAGCAGGAUCCAGCACAUGGGCACAAUGCACAGCCUCACACUCAAGAAGCUGCGGCCGCAGGAGAGCAGGAUCACCUUCAAAGCAGGCCUUCUCUCUGACACAACAACCUUAAAGGUCAAAGAGCGUCCAGCAGUGUUCCUAAGGUCUCUGGAGGAUGCAGUAGGAGAAGAGCAAGGGGAGGUCUGCUUGCAGUGUGAAAUUUCCAAAGAGACGGUGACUCCUGUUUGGAGAAAGGAUGGUAUGGUCCUGACAGCUGAUGAUAAAUAUGAAAUACUCCAGUUUGGGAAGUCCAUGGCUCUGGUCAUCCAUUCACUGAGCAAGGAUGACACUGGACAGUACACCUGUGACCUGGGCACCAGCCAGACCAAGGCUAAAGUUACAGUACAUGACUUACACAUCACCAUUGUUCAGCGUAUGAAGACAACCUCUGUCCUAGAGGGUGAAAGCUGCACUUUUGAGUGUCUCCUCUCUCACAGUCUCGAUGAUGAGCCUUCCUGGACGAUCAACGGCCAGGCGGUGGUCACCAAUAGUCGUAUCCAGGUUAUCAACAAUGGCCACAAGUAUCAGAUGACCAUUAGAGAUGCUGUACUCACAGACGCUGGAGACGUGGUUUUUGCAAUUAAAGAUCUCAGCUGUAGAACCAUGCUUUUUGUUAAAGAGAAACCGGUGCACAUCUUCAGGGACCUGCUGAAUGUCAAGGCGGUGCCGGGCGAGGACGCAGAGCUGAGCUGUGAAAUCACCAAACCUGAGGUUACCAUCCGUUGGCUGAAAGAUGGCCACCUUAUCCGCCAGAGUCCAAAGUAUGAGAUGAGUGUGGAGAAGAACUUGGCAUGGCUGGUGAUCAAGAAUACCACCAUCAGAGACUCUGGGGAGUACUGCUGUGAGGCCGAAGGCAUUGCCUCUCGUGCCAAGCUGGAGAUCAGAGAACUCCAGCACACAUUUGCAAGGGAGUUGAGGGACACACGAGCAGAGGAAAAGGCUAAAGUGACCCUGGAGUGCGAGACCAGGCGGCCCGCCAAGCGUGUGACCUGGCUGAAGGGGAUGAUGGAGCUGAGGUCUGGUAGGAAGUACGUCAUCAGGCAGAAAGGUGUGGUGCUGUCCCUGACCAUCACUUCCCUGGAGAAAUUGGACACGGAUGUUUACACGUGUGAUGUCGGGACCAUGCAGACCCGGGCAGAGCUGACCAUACAGGGCCAGAAGGUGUUGAUCCUGGACGAACUAGAGGACGUUGAGUGUCUAGAAGGUGACACAGUCACAUUCAGAUGUCGAAUCUGCCCCAGCGACUACAUCGGGGUCAAAUGGUACCUGGAUGAGACUCUGCUGUACACCAAUGAGCUCAAUGAGAUCCAGAUGUUGCCUGGAGGUUACCACACCCUCACAUUUAAACAGCUUGCCCGCAAAGACACUGGCACUAUUUCAUUUGCAGCAGGGGACAAAAGGUCGUACGCCUCGCUGCUGGUCAGAGAGAGACGUCCCACCAUCAUUAAGGCGCUGGAGGACUGUGAGGCUAUUGAAGGAGGUGGUUUGGUUUUGUCCUGUGUGGCAUCCAAGCCAUGUCACAUCCUGUGGUACAAAGAUGGCUGCCUGAUGUGGCACUCCUCAAGAUAUUUUGCCAGUCGCUCCGGCUGUGAAGCACGACUGACAAUCCGUGAGGUCUGCAACAGUGAUGCUGGGGUGUACGAGUGCAGUGCUGGAUCUGUUACAACUAGAGCAGUUGUAACUGUCAAAGCCGUCCCAGCAGAGUUCACUCAGCCUCUGAAAACAGUGGAGGCCAAAGAGGGAGAGACUGUGACCCUGACCUGUGAGUACUCUUUGCCUGGGGUCCAGUUCCACUGGAGGAAAGGCUACGAGAGUAUCAGGUCUGGAGACAAGUAUGUGAUGAAACAAAGGAAGACAAUCAACUCUCUAACCAUCAAAGCCCUGAGGCCUGAGGACUCAGGAGAAUAUACCUGCCAGUGCCGAGAUCACCACACAACAGCAAGCCUCAAAGUGCAUGCUGUUCCUAUUUCAUUCGUACAACAACUGAAGAACAUGCAGGUGGAGGAGGGUAGUAAUGUUUUAUUGCGCUGUGAGCUGUCCAAACCUGGAAUACCAGUAGAAUGGAGGAAAGGAAAUGAGUUGUUAAGGAAUGGGGUCAAGCACCAGAUAAGGAAGAGGGAGACCACAUUGGAGCUCCUGAUAUGGAAGCCUGUGCCUGAGGACAGCGGGGUGUACAGCUGUGUGUGUGCUGAGCAGACGACAUCUGCCACUGUCAAAAUCACUGCUCUCCCGGUCACCUUCAAGCAGAAGCUGAGGAAUGUGUUGAUUGAGGAGGGUAACACUGCAACUUUACGCUGUGAGCUGUCUAAACCUGGUCACACCGUGGAGUGGAGGAGGAGGGGGAAUGAACUCAUCAGGAAUGGAGAGAAAUAUCACAUUCGACAGAGAGACAUGCUGAUUGAACUGAGGAUCGUUGAUGUGACACCUGAGGACAGCGAUAUCUACACCUGCAUCUGUGGAAACAUAGAAACCACUGCAACUCUGACUGUAAAUGCUCUUCCCAUCACCUUCAAGCAAAAGCUGAGGAACCUCCAAGUUGAAGAAGGACACAACAUCACAUUGUAUUGUGAGAUCUCUAAACCUGGCAUCCCAGUGGAGUGGAGGCUCGGAGGAGACUCGUUGGAGAAUGGAGAGAAGUACCAGAUCAAGCAGAGGGACUCUGCCCUGGAGUUGACCAUUAGAGAUGCUGUACUAGAAGACAGUGGCGUCUACACGUGUGUGUGUAGAGAGCAGAGGACAAAAGCCACUGUUAAGGUUAUCGCGGUUCCUGCCACAUUUAAAGUGAGUCUGAAGAGCCAGGAGGCUGAAGAAGGGAGCAGUGUGACGUUACGCUGUGAGCUGACAAAGAAGGGAGUCCCGCUGCAGUGGCAGAGAGAAGGUCAGGUGAUCUCUGAGGAGAUGCCACGAGGAAAGUAUCAGAUGAAAGUAGAGGGAAGGGCAGCUCUAAUGACUAUUCUCAGUGUCCAACCAGAAGAUGCAGGGAAGUACAGCUGCAUCGCAGGAGAUGAGAAAACCACGGCUGAAAUCAAAGUGAAACCACUUCCUGUGACAUUCAAACGAGAGAUCCAGCGCCUGGUGGCAAAGGAAGGUCACAGUGGAGUUUUCUCCUGUGAGCUCUCCAAACCCGGAGCUCCGGUUGAGUGGAAGAAAGGCAGAGUUAUCCUGAAGCCCGGGGAGAAAUACAAGAUGAAGCAGGAGGGACGUCUCACUAAACUGGUUAUCAACAACAUAGAAGAGAGUGACGCUGGGAAAUACACAUGCAAGACUAAAGACAACCAAUCAACUGCAGAGCUCACUGUCCAAGGUUUACCACCGAGUUUCAAGCUGCCACUGGUCAACCAGGAAGUGACGGAGGGCAACAGUGUGGUUCUGCGCUGUGAGCUCAACAAACCUGCUCCGUCGGUGGAGUGGAGGAGAAGAGGCGAGCUGCUGAAGAAUGGAGACAAGUAUCAGAUGAGGAAGAAGGACCUUCAGGUGGAGAUGAAGAUCAUGGACCUCGGUCUGGAUGACACCGGAGAUUAUACCUGUGUAUGUGGAGAACAGAGGACAACAGCUAUGAUCACGGUGAAUGAACGGCCCAUCAAAUUCCUCCAAGAGCUGAAAAAUAUUCAGGUGCAGGAGGGCAACGGGGUGACGCUCUGCUGUGAGCUCUCCAAACCUGGCGUUCCCGUGCAGUGGAAGAAAGGAGACAAUGUGCUGAACAGCGGAGAGAAAUACCAUAUGAGGCAGAAUGACUCAACACUGGAACUCGUCAUUAGGAAAAGCCAGCCUGAGGACAGUGGCACAUACAGCUGUGUUUGUGAAGAUGUGAAAACCACUGCCACCAUCAUCAUCACUGCGAUCCCAGUGACUUUCAAGCAGAAGUUGAAGAACCAGGAAGCUGUGGAGGAGGGCAGUGUGACGCUGCGCUGUGAGCUCUCUAAACCAGGAGUCCCAGUGGAGUGGAGGAGAGACGCUCAACUUCUGAAGGAGGGAGAAAAAUACCAGAUGAAGCAAGAGGGCAGGAUGGCUGAGAUGCUGAUUAGAAAUUUAACUCUCACAGACGCUGGGGAGUACUGCUGUUUUGUUGGCACUGUUGUGACUUCAGCUGACAUCAAAGUGAGAGCCCUUCCUGUGACAUUUAAGCAAGAGGUUGAGAAUUUGGAAGUGAAGGAAGGGGACAGUGGAGUUUUCUGCUGUGAGCUCUCCAAACCCGGAGCGCCGGUGGACUGGAGGAAAGGCAGGGUUGUCCUCAAACCUGGAUACAAAUACGAGAUGAAACAGGAGGGACAUCUCACAAAACUGAUCAUCAACAAUGUGGAGGAGAGUGAUGCUGGGAAAUACACCUGCAAAACCAAAGACUGCCAGUCGACUGCGGAGCUCACCGUCAAGGCUCCUCCUGUCACAUUCAAAAUGAAGUUAAGGAAUCUGCAGGUGGAGGAGGAGAACAGUGUGACACUGAGCUGUGAGUUAUCUAAGCCUGUCCUCGCUGUGGAGUGGAGGAAAGGAGAAGAGCUUCUGAAGAACAACUUCAAGUACCAGAUUAAGAAUCGAAACAGCGUCAUGGAGCUGACCAUCAAAAACGCACAACUAGAGGACAGUGGGCUCUAUAGCUGUACCUAUGGUGAUGCAAAGACCACAGCCAAUGUCACCAUCACACCUAUUCCCCUCACCUUCAAAAUGGGUCUGAAGAACCAGGAGGCCCCUGAGGGAGGCAACGUGUCCCUUCGCUGCGAACUGUCCAGGGCCGGGGUGCCUGUGCAGUGGUGGAAAGCAGAGGACCAGCUCUAUCACGGAGGGAGGUAUCAGAUGACGCUGAAGGGGAAGAUAGCGGAGAUGCAGAUCAGAAACGUCCAGCCAGAGGACGUCGGGGAGUACAGCUGUGUCUUUGGAGAGCAGAGGACGACGGCUGAAGUGAACGUGAGAGCGGCAGCAUCGGUGUUCUUUGAGAAGGAACUGGAGAACCAAGCAGUAAUGGAGGGGAAAUCUGUGCUGCUGUCCUGCGAAGUGUCCAGUGCUAAUGUCCCCGUCACUUGGAAGAAGGACAACGUUGUGUUGGAAGAAGGAGGACGAUGCCUUUUAAAGAAAAAAGGCCCCACCCACUCUUUGGAGAUCAAGAAAUUGCUUCUGGAGGAUGCUGGAGAGUACAGCUGCAUCACCAGAGGCAAGAAGACCACUGCCAAGCUGAUCGUGAGGGAGCGUGUGCGGAUCGUUACACAGCUUCAGGAUGUGACAGUGACAGCGGGAGAGGACGCAGUGUUUGUGUGCGAGCUGAGCCAUGCAGACGUGAGUGAAGGUGUGUGGUGGCUCGGUUCCAGCCCUCUGCAGAAGAACGAGAUGAACCAGAUGACGUGCCAGGGUCGCCGGCACCGACUGGUCCUCACCAUGACGACACCCGAGGAGACGGGUACCGUGGCAUUUGUGAUCGGAGAGGAGAGGACCUCUGCACGUCUGCUAGUGGUACCCAAGCCCAAAGUUUUGUUUGAGGAGAAGCCGAAAGACGUUGUGAUUAUGGAAGGAGAGACAGCCACUUUGUCCUGCACAAUCUCUGACUUUACCUCAGCGGUUACCUGGAGACGCAACCACAUUCCUCUUUGCAAUGGUGAUAAAUAUGAGCUGCGCAAGGAGGGAAAAGUCAACCUGCUGCUUAUCUACGAUGUGGAGCCCAUGGAUACUGGCAUAUACUCCUGUGAUACAGGAGAUGUGCAAACCAGUGCCAAACUAACCGUAACAGAGCUCCCUCCAUUCUUUCAGGAAGAAUUGCAGAGCGUGGAAGUUGAGGAGGGAGGUUCAGCCUCUCUGUACUGUGAGCUGUCUAAGCUCGGAGUGCCGAUUCAGUGGAAGAAGAGCACACUGCUGCUAAGAGCCAGCAGAAAGUAUGAGAUGAAACAAGAUGGCUGCCUCCUCCAGCUCCACAUCAAGGAUCUCAAACCUGAGGACAGUGGCAGCUACACAUGCCAAGCAGGCAGCGCAGAGACCACUGCGUCUGUGACAGUGAAAGAGCUCCCUCCAUUCUUCAAGAAAGAAUUAAGAAGUGUGGAUGCUGAGGAAGAAGGUACAGCCUCCCUGUCCUGUGAGCUGUCUAAACCUGGAGUAGCAGUGCAAUGGAAGAGGAACAGACUACCUCUGAGAGCAAACAGGAAGUACGAGAUGAAACAAGAUGGCUGCCUUCUCCAGCUCCACAUCAAGGAGCUCAAACCUGAGGACAGUGGCAGCUACACAUGUCAAGCAGGAAGUGCAGAGACCAGUGCAACUGUGACAGUAAAAGAGCACCCACCAUUUUUCAAGAAGGAAUUGCAGAAUGUGAAGGCUGAGGAAGAAGGUUCAGCCUCUCUGUGCUGUGAGGUGUCCAAACCUGGGCUGUCAAUACAAUGGAAGAAGAACAAGCUGCCAUUAAGACCAAGCAGGAAGUAUGAGAUGAAACAAGAUGGCUGCAUCCUCCAGCUCCACAUCAAGGAGCUCAAACCUGAGGACAGUGGCAGCUACACAUGUCAAGCAGGAAGUGCAGAGACCAGUGCAACUGUGACAGUGAAAGAGCUUCCUCCAUUCUUCAAGAAAGACUUGGUAAGUGUGGAGGCUGAGGAAGAAGGUAUAGCCUCCCUGUGCUGUGAGCUGUCUAAACCUGGAGUGUUGGUGCAAUGGAAGAAGAACAAGCUGCCACUAAGAGCAAACAGGAAGUAUGAGAUGAAACAAGAUGGCUGCCUCCUCCAGCUCCACAUCAAGGAGCUCAAACCAGAGGACAGUGGCAGCUACACAUGCCAAGCUGGAAGUGCAGAGACCAGUGCGACUGUGACAGUGAAAGAGCUCACGCCAUUCUUCAACAAAGAAUUACAAAGUGUAGAGGGUGAGGAGGGAGGGACAGCCUCUCUGUAUUGUGAGGCGUCUAAACCUGGAUUGCUGGUGCAGUGGAAGAAGAAUAAGAUGCCACUGAGAGCAAACAGGAAGUAUGAGAUGAAACAAGAUGGCUGCCUCCUUCAGCUCCACAUCAAGGAGCUCAAACCAGAGGACAGUGGCAGCUACACAUGCCAAGCAGGAAGUGCAGAGACCAGUGCAACUGUGUCAGUGAAAGAGCUCCCUGCAUUCUUCAAGAAAGACUUGGUAAGUGUGGAUGCUGAGGAAGAAGGUACAGCCUCCCUGUGCUGUGAGCUGUCUAAGCCUGGAGUGUCAGUGCAAUGGAAGAAGAACAAGCUGCCACUGAGAGCAAACAGGAAGUAUGAGAUGAAACAAGAUGGCUGCCUCCUCCAGCUGCACAUUAAGGAGCUCAAACCUGAGGACAGUGGCAGCUACACAUGCCAAGCUGGAAGUACAGAGACCAGUGCGACUGUGACAGUAAAAGAACAUCCACCAUUUUUCAAGAAGGAAUUGCAGAAUGUGAAGGCUGAGGAAGAAGGUUCAGCCUCUCUGUGCUGUGAGGUGUCCAAACCUGGGCUGUCAAUACAAUGGAAGAAGAACAAGCUGCCAUUAAGACCAAGCAGGAAGUAUGAGAUGAAACAAGAUGGCUGCAUCCUCCAGCUCCACAUCAAGGAGCUCAAACCUGAGGACAGUGGCAGCUACACAUGUCAAGCAGGAAGUGCAGAGACCAGUGCAACUGUGACAGUGAAAGAGCUCGCUCCAUUCUUCAACAAAGAAUUACAAAACGUGGAGGGUGAAGAUGGAGAGACGGCCUCUCUGUACUGUGAGGUGUCCAGACCUGGAGUGUCAGUUCAGUGGAAGAAGAAUAGAUUGCCAUUGAGAGCCAGCAGGAAGUAUGAAAUAAAACAAGAUGGCUGCCUCCUUCAGCUUCACAUCAAGGAUCUCAAACCUGAGGACAGUGGCAGCUACACAUGCCAAGCAGGAAGUGCAGAGACCACUGCAACUGUGACAGUGAAAGAGCUUGUUCCAUUCUUCAACAAAGAAUUACAAAGCAUACAGACUGAGGAGGGAGGUACAGUCUCCCUGUCCUGUGAGGUGUCCAAACCUAGGCUGUCAGUGCAAUGGAAGAAGAAUGGACUACCACUAAGAGCCAACAGAAAGUACGAGAUGAAACAAGAUGGCUGCCUCCUCCAGCUCCACAUCAAGGAGCUCAAACCAGAGGACAGUGGCAGCUACACAUGCCAAGCAGGAAGUGCAGAGACCAGUGCAACUGUGACAGUGAAAGAGCUCGCUCCAUUUUUCCACAAGAACUUACAAAAUGUGGAGGCUGAGGAAGGAGGUACAGCUUCCCUGUACUGUGAGCUGUCAAAACCUGGGCUGUUGGUGCAAUGGACGAAGAACAAGUUGCCACUGAGAGCAAACAGGAAGUAUGAGAUGAAGCAGGACGGCUGCCUCCUCCAGCUGCACAUUAAGGAGCUCAAACCUGAGGACAGUGGCAGCUACACAUGCCAAGCUGGAAGUGCAGAGACCAGUGCAAAUGUGUCAGUGAAAGAGCUUCCCCCAUUCUUCAAGAAGAACUUACAAAGUAUAGAUGCUGAGGAGGGAGGUACAGUCUCCCUGUCUUGUGAGGUGUCCAAACCUGGGCUGUCAGUGCAAUGGAAGAAGAACAAGCUGCCGCUGAGAGCAACCAAGAAGUAUGAGAUGAAACAAGAUGGCUGCCUUCUCCAGCUCCACAUCAAGGAGCUCAAACCAGAGGACAGUGGCAGCUACACAUGCCAAGCAGGAAGUGCAGAGACCAUUGCGACUGUGUCAGUGAAAGAACUACAACCUACUCCACCAAAGGCAGAACCGCCAACAUUAUUACCUCGAUCGAAGGGCGCUGCUUCCAAAACAACUUCUACUCCAGAGAACGAGAAGCCUGGCCUCCCAGAGGCCAAACCUGUGCCACCAGAGCCCAAAAAGAGAAUUAACAGGAAAGCAUUACCUAUUACAAAUUCAGAAAAAGAUGUGGAGCCAGUGUUAGAUCUAAAACAGUGUGUGGUGAAGGAGAAUAAUGAAGCCCAAAAAGGAAUCCAACCUGUAAAGCCUGUGGAGAAAGACUUAAAUGUUGUACAGAAUAUAACACAACUGGAGAGGAAUAAAGAGAAAGACAGCGAGGAACACGAGAAAGCUGAUAAAUCAGUGAGAUUACUGGAGAAGGAUGGCAGGAUUGACAUGAAGGUCGAAGAGCCAGGUAGGUCUCUGGAAAUCGACAAUGAAGUUUUCCUGGAGAAAAGACAACAAGAAAUGAAUUUGGAGGAAUCAAUUGAAGCUGGCCUUAAAGUAAAUCAGUCAGAGAGGAUUCUGGGUGACGCUGUGGCUAAACAAAAGAAACAAAUAUUGAUUUGUCCGGAAAUGGAAAAUGAAGUUGAACAGAGCUUAGAACAACCAGGAAAGCCCUUCGAGAAAACAAGUGAAGUUGAGAAGAAGGUGAAACAUCCAGGAACACAGACCAGUGAGGAUGAAAAGGGGCAUUUGAAACCACAAGAAAAGUUAAUUGCAAAAGAAACAACAAGGGAACAAGAUGUAAAGUCUACAGUAAAGCAAAGUGCAGAAGACAAGGACUAUGUGCAACAACAAGUGCCCACAGAGGCAGAGAGAGAGAAAAAGCCAUUUAAACAAGUGUCAUCUGUAAAUCUCAGGGACAAACAGUCAGUGGAACAACAAGAAAAGCCUUCAGAGAGAGAGGCUGAUUUUGUCCCUCCAAAACCACCUAUGAGGAUGAGGAGCAAAGCAAAGGGGGGAAUGGAAAAGCAAUUAUCAAGGGACACAGAGACGGAUCAAGAAGGACAAGAGCUGACUGAAGUUGUGGUGAAAACAACAGAUGAUCAGCCAGUGAAAGAGUUGAUAAGCCCUGUGGAAAAAGAGGCUAAAGAGAAACCCAUAUUUGAGAGGAAACAGUCAAUAACAACAGACAGUGAGAUAGAUGGGAAAAUAAAACCUGUGAAAACUGCAGAGAAAGACACAAACACCAAACAGCUGAUCAAACAACCAGUAAAACCCAUGAGAAAAGAACCUGAAGUUGACCAGGAAAUUAAACUGGCAGUUGAGCCAAUGAGAAGGGAGGAACAUAAACAGACAGUAAAAAUGGCAGAAGAUGUUCCCCUUCUCUAUAUUUCUGAAGAUGAAACUUUCUCAGAGGCUUUGAUCGAGAUACCAGCAGACCACAGCAAGGUCCUGCCCGUCAGCUCUUAUACUGACAGGCAAACUCAACCCUCUAGUCCUCCUCCAAUUAAUGUGCUCCAGAAGAGACAACCGUCCAAGGAUGUUCCUCCGGAGACUGACAUCAGCAUUGAGGAUGAACCACAAAUGCAAGAGGCUGCUGUCAAGAUCCAGGCUGCCUUUAAAGGCUACAAAACCCGCAAAGAAAUGCGACCUGUCUUUAAAGAGGUGUUUAAGAACCAGAGUGCAGAUCUUCAUGGUACAGUCACUUUAGUGUGUAUUGUAGAGGGAAAACCCAGCACAGUGCGCUGGCUGAAAAAUGGCCAUCAAGUUGUCAGUGACCACCGCUGCCGUAUUGAGACCACAGAGCAUGGUGUGUGCACACUGGUGAUCAAAAACCUGACCACCAGUGACGGUGGAAUCUAUACCUGUGAGGUGGUGAAUAAGUUUGGUGUGACCUCCUACAACGGAAACAUAACAGUGGUGCAGCCUCAGCAGCCUGCUCACACUGCCCAGAAACCUGUACACCCGCCCCUUGCAGCAAUAACUCCUCUGCAACUUGCCCCGACAAAGCCUGAGGUUCAGGCCAAAACACCAACUCAGAAUCUGCCUCAGACUCAAGCACAGAUACCCACUUCAGCUGCAGAUACUGCGAACUACGUAGAAAGUGUGACCAUCUCCCUGUGGGAGGCCUACAACCUGACAGAGCAAGAUACACCAAUGAGUCCACAAGAGAGGAGAGGAUCAUCACUCAUUGCUGCCAGCUCCAUGUCAAGUCCCUCUGAUUACGAUACAGCUCCUGACAUUAUGGAACCAGUUGAAACUGGCCCCAUUGUACCAAGGGAAGUACCAAAACCAGAAGACCAAGUGUCUCCAAAGGAUGAAAAAGAAGAGACAGCUGCUCCACAUCCACCUAAGAAACUACUGAAGGUCAAAGGGGCUCAUGAAGGCAGGAUGAGGACGCCAUCUCCAAAGCACCAUCGGGCCCACACGCCCUUAGCUAGUACUGUCUCUGGAUCAGAGUCAGAGGGGGAAGAGGAUAGACAAGAGACAUUUGAAAUGUAUGUGGCUCGAGCUGACUGCAGUCCUAACAGUGGAAAUAAGGAAAGUUUUAUUCUGAAGGAGGGCCAGUUUGUAGAGGUCCUGGACUCUGUUCAUCCUGACAGAUGGCUGGUGAGGACCAAACCCACCAAAACCAACCCUGCUCGACAGGGCUGGGUAUGUCCAGCCUACCUGGAGAAGAAGAGAAAGGACACUUUCCCACAAAUGAGAGCACCUCAAGAAGAUCUUGAUGGAAUAGGGUCUACAGGAGAAGAGUACAGGAGAGCUCUAAGCCAACUGGUCCAAGGCCUGAUUGAUGGAGAGGAGGAGUUUGUGAAGGAGAUGAAGAUGUUCACCUCUCACCAGCUGAGUUAUCUGGACUCCAGUCGCCAGAUCCCCAUCAACAUCCUCAACCAGAAAGAGAUCAUUUUCAGGAAUAUUAAGGACAUUGUUUCUCUGCAUGAGAGGUCCAUUCUUCCUGGUCUGAAAGGCUGUGCCACAGAUGAUGAUGUGGCCAUGCACCUGGUCAAGCACACUGAAGACUUUGAGAGGUAUCUUCACUACAUGGUGGGACAAGCACAAGCAGAAGCCUGCAUCACUGACAAGGCCAUGCAGCAGUAUUUCAAAGAAUUAACAGAAUCUGGUAAGCCAGAUGCACCUGUAAUGGAUGUCCUCACCUUCCUCCAACGGCCAGUGGAGAGGAUUCAAACCUACCAGGCUUUACUAAAGGAGUUAAUCAAGAACAAAGCCAGAAGUGGUCAGAGCUGCUGUCUGUUAGAGGAUGCCUUCUCCAUGGUGUCCUGUCUACCCUGGAGGUCGGACAACCUGCACCAGGUGUCCCUCAUCGAGAACUACCCAGCUCCUCUGACUGCCCUGGGCGAGCCUGUGCGACAGGGAGUCUUCACAGUGUGGGAGGAAUCUCCAGAAAUUAAAACGGCCUCUAGAGGGCAUCAGAGACAAGUCUUUCUCUUCAAGGAGUGUAUUGUGCUGUGUAAACUGAAAAGAGACACCCGCAUGAACAGUGACACCUACACCUUCAAGAACAAAAUGAAGCUGAAUGAUGUGGAAAUAAAGGAGUCUGUGGGUGGAGAUGAGAAGUCUUGGGGGUUGUGGCAUGAGCAUAGGGGCUCGGUGCGGAGGUACACACUGCAGGGCCGCUCCACACUGGCUAAACUCCCCUGGCUCAAGGACCUGAAGGAGCUCCAGCAACGCUCCAGCCUGCCCACUAACAGCCCACCAGUGUUCGAGUCACUGUUGUCUGACUGCACCACAAAGAUAGGACAGACAAUUAAACUGACAUGCAAAGUCACAGGAUCCCCCAAACCAGUGGUCACAUGGCUAAAAGAUGGUCUCCCUCUGGAGGAUGACCCCCGUCACAUCAUCACAGCAGACCGGUUCGGCACCUGCAGUCUCAUCCUGGACAGUCUCACUGCAGAGGACUCUGGACAGUACACGUGCUAUGCUACGAGCUCCAUGGGCACUGCUGGUACUCUGGCUAAGGUUGUGGUCCAGGCUCCACCCAGAUUUGUGAGUCGACUUGAAAGUGCUUGUCUGAUAGAAGGAGAGGAUAUCCAGUUCACUUGUUCCACACUCAGUACUCCUUUACCACGAGUCAGGUGGUUGAAAGAUGGUAGAGAGCUGACUGACAAGCAAAAGUAUUUGAUCUUGAAUGAUGCUCGAAGUGGAAUCUUGUGUCUGACGGUCAUCAGUGCCACAGAGGCAGAUAUUGGACAGUAUGAGUGUGAGCUUUGGAAUGAGCUUGGCUGCGUUAAGUGCAAGGCAGGCUUGUGCCCUGCUUACGUACCACCGACUGACAUCGAGAACGACCAACCACAGGACUUACCUCCUAAAGAUGCAGACUCAGAGGGCUGGUCCACUGCGUUUGUGAAGAAAUGGUUACAGACUGACUUCAGCCCCACCUCUAUUGCCAAGAUGCUUUUCCCUCCUGGAUACCCUGAACAAGCACAGUGUAACACUGAAGAGACUGUUCUUGCCGCCACAUCCAUGGAUAACGUAGCUCAGCAGCCUCUGCGUUACCUGGAGGAAGAGGAGGAGGAGAUUUACACCUCAGAAGCAAUGCAAGAGAUCACAGAUGCUCCUCCUUCAGUCCAGGUGUCCACUGAGGACCUGUGUGUAGAACCCGGCCAAACAGCCACAUUUACUGCCAUCAUCACAGGAAGACCUACUCCUACGAUACAGUGGUACAAGGACGAAGACGAGCUUGCAGCCAAUGAGAAUGUGCAGAUAGUUCAGCACGGUGCCCGUUGCUCACUGACCAUAGGGUGCUGUGAGGGUGAAGACAGCAGCAUAUACACCUGCUUCGCCUACAACGACUCUGGCCAUGCCUCAUGCCAGGCUCAGCUUACAGUCGAGGAAGGCCCACUGGAGUGUCAGGAGAGGGAGGUGGAACUGGGGAAGAGAAGGAAGUUAUUCUCUGUCUAUGAUGUCCACGAGGAAAUUGGAAGGGGAACGUUUGGGGUAGUGAAGCGUGUAGUCCACAGAAGGACAGGUGAAGUCUUUGCUGCCAAGUUCCUGCCUCUGCGGAGCAGCACUCGGACGAGGGCCUUCCAGGAGAGAGACCUGCUCUCCCGCCUGGCUCAUCCCAGAGUGGCCUGUCUGCUGGACUUCUUUUGCACCAGACGCACUCUGGUGCUGAUUACAGAAAUCUGCUGUUCUCAUGGACUUCUGGAUCAUUUAUUACUAAGAGGAUCAGUCUCAGAGAAAGAGGUUCAGUCAUACAUCCAACAAAUCCUCGAGGGUGUUGGUCACAUUCACAGCAUGAACAUCCUGCAUCUGGACAUUAAACCUGAUAAUAUCCUAAUGGUGUAUCCGCCCAAAGAUGAGAUUAAGAUCUGCGACUUCGGGUUUUGCCAAGAAAUAGACAUAUCCAGACACCAGUACAGCAUGUUUGGUACACCAGAGUUCAUUGCACCGGAGAUUGUUCACCAAGAACCGGUCAGUGUGGCCACUGAUAUUUGGGCUGUGGGUGUUAUAGCCUAUCUGUGUCUCGUGGGUCGAUGCCCUUUUGUAGGAGAGACGGACCGCACAACACUGCUGCGAGUGGGGGAGGGGACCCUGAACUGGGAUGCCCCUGAUGUCACAUACAGGAGCCCAGAGGCCCAGAACUUUCUCCACUUGGUCCUUCAACCAGAUCCAGAGAAGCGACCGUCUGCCUUCGAGUGCUUGAGCCAUGAAUGGUUCCAGGACGAACAUGCAGGAGAAGACACUGACGAAAUCAACACAAGGAGUUUGAAAGUAUUUAUCUCAAAGACAAAAUGGCAGCGUUCUUUGACCUGCAUUGGGUCAGUUCUCACGUUGAGGCCUGUCCCCGAGCUGUUGGACGCUCCCCUCAGAGACACUGCAGUGACAGUGCCUCGGGAACUCCAGGAGCACAGCAGCACCUCUCUGAGCAGCGGCUCAUCAUCUGAGUACGAUGAAGCUGACUCUUGGGACUUUUUCCAGCACUACAGCCCGACUGAGGAGGAGGAGGAGACGGAGGAAGAUUAUGAUCCUUUAAUGGAGAGAGCACAGAUCCCUGAGCCUUUUGCCAAACUUCACCUGGAUGAAGAAGAAGAGGAGGAAAUGACACUAGGGGAGGAAGAGGACGGGGAGAUGGUGGGUAGAAGGAGUGUACUGGAGCGGAGUAUGAGCAGGCAGUCAGUGGCGUCGUCAGAUGUGUCAUGCCAACAGACACCUCAGAGGGAGCGUAGGUUCAGUAAAGACAGCAGUCCGUCUCUCCACCUUUCUGACUGGGAUGAGGGUUCAGGAAGCGAUGGAGGCCGUAUCCCUCGGGGCAGCGUCAUCCGAAGCACUUUCUAUAGCACCUCUCAUCAGCUCUCACCCAUGUCUGCCAGACACAUGACGCUACGGGACAAAUUCCAGGCCAAAAAGCAGGAGAGAGGCCGCAAACCACUCAGGAGAAGCGUUUCAGGACGCCUCAACGAGCCUCUUAUUGAAUACGUGGAGGACGAGACAGAAACUAACCGCGGCCAGAGACGGGGAUCUGUCCAGCCCACGAUGCAGAAGUCCUGUUCCUUUGACAGCGGAGUUGGCCUCACCCACAGCAACAUACCCCCUCACAGGAGAAGCAGGUCCCUUGAUGAGUACUCACGUCGCUCUCCCAGCUCGCCCAAGCGCACGAAACCGGGUGAAGAAGAAGGCUCUCAAAGUCUGAAAGAAGAUUUCACAGAUGACGAAGUGGCAGGGAGAAACUUGUUGGCCAUCCCGAGCCCGCGGCGACCCACAAGAAGGAGAGGCUCUGUUGCUCCCAUAAAUGGGACUGGCACAUCUGUUCCCUCAAGCUUACUCGCUGGAGACAGAAGGCACCAGGCUGGCUCGGGAGCCGACAGAGGGAGAUACCUUUGCCGGCUCCCAGGGUCUCUUGCUGAGUCGUCUAUUUUGGAGCAUGGUGGCUCAGAGUCCUCAAGCAGACUCGGUUCCUAUGAGGAACUGAGUCACGGUCAUCUCAGAGGAAGAUACAGAUCAGGAGAGAGCGAAGGGUACGAUGAUCAGGGUGAGCCUCUGAUCUCAUCAUCCCCUUCUUCAUUCCAGGAAGUUAAACCUAGAGACUCUUUUCCCCAGGCACCACCGCGAAACCGCACCCGCUCCAACCCCAACUUAUCCUCAAACAGCAGAGGGCAGCUGGGGCCAUCGCUAACGCCGAGCCCCAGUCCCAGCCUGUCCUCUCUCCAGGCUCCAGAGAGACCUCCCAGGUCCAGGGACAAGAAGGAAGGCCACGGCCUCCAGAGGCACGCAUCCGCUCCGGCCCUGGAAGUCCGACCGCCUACGGGAAAGUCACCCAAACUGGGACUGUUGAAGAUCUUCCGCAGGCAGUCUUGGACUGGCCAUUCGUACUCUCAGCUGGAGAAUGCAGAGUUAGGACCCACAUUAGGAGAGAUCAUGAAGCCUGAUACACCCACCAUGUCUCUGAGGAAGAAGAUGAGAGCUUCAGCCUCUAGCCUGACCAAGCUGUUUUCCAGGUCUUCCAGUAAGGAGGAUGUGAGUAAAGGAGGGCCAAUAGUAAAGGGAGCAGCUCCUGUCCCACCUGACAGAGAGCAUGGCUCUGGUCUUGAGAGUCCAAAAAAGAGGACCUCCAAAAUCCUGCCCUCUUUCAAAAUACCUGCAUUCAAAAAGACAAAAGAUCUGCCAGUCCGUCCCAACAAAGCUGAGGUGCUCCACUUAGAUGGGGGUGGAGUCUUGCUGGUUUGGAGACCAGUCCAGUCUAAUGACCCCAUCACCUACUGUGUGCAGUACUGCACAGAUGGUGGGGAGUGGACGGUCCUGUCAGAGGAGGUGACAGACAGCUGUUAUGUAGUGAAGGACUUACCAAGAGGAGCAUCGUAUGUGUUCAGGGUGGGCUGUAUCACCAAGAAAGGAGCAGGACCUUUCAGUGAUGCUUCAGCACCUGUUGUUAUGGCCACUCACCCUGAAGAGACUCACGUUUCUCUCAUCCAGACUGAGACCUUGGGGUCAAAGGUCACUGGAUCAGAAGGACAAACAACACAAAAGAACUACAACUUCCUCUCUGAGAUCAACAGGGGUCGUUUCAGCGUAGUAACCCUGUGUAGAGAUGUUGAAACAAGCCAAGUGUUUGCUGCCAAGAUCACCCCCUACCAGGCAGAGCAGAGGCAGUUAGUGCUGAGGGAGUACCAGCUGCUGAGGAGGCUUCAUCACCCGCACCUGGUGCAGCUGCACAACGCCUACCUCACCACCCACUACCUGGUGUUAGUGGAGGAGCUUUGCCCUGGCAAAGAGCUGCUCUACAGUCUGGCUGCGAGAGAUCUGUACGCAGAGACUCACGUCGCAGAGCUGCUGGUUCAGAUUCUGAGCGCAGUCGACUACCUCCACAGUCGUCGAAUCAUCCACCUGGACCUGAAGUCUGACAACAUGCUGGUGGAUGAUGGCAACCACGUGAAGAUUGUAGACUUUGGUUCGGCUCAGUCCUUCACACCUGGACAGCCCCUCACCAUCGAGCACAUCCACGGCCUGUCAGAGAGCAAAGAGUGCCGCACCAAAGUUUAUAUUGUCCUUCCUAAAGCUCCGGAAAUCCUGGAGGGUCAGGGAGUCGGGCCUGAAACUGAUGUUUGGGCUAUUGGAGUUCUGUCAUUCAUCAUGUUGAGUGCCGACAGCCCGUUCCACGCGGAGCACAGCUGGGAGCAAGACAGAAACAUCAAGAAGGGGAAGAUCCAGUUUGGACGCUGUUACCCUGGUCUGUCAGAGGGAGCCUUAACCUUCAUGAAGAGCAGCCUCAAUAACAAAUCCUGGGGGAGACCCACUGCAGCUGAGUGUCUCCAGAACCCGUGGCUGCGUGCUCAUCGUGUCCCACACAAAACCCGACCCUCCAAGGUGUGUUUCUCCACAGACAAGCUUAAAGCUUACCUCCAGCAGAAGGAGGAGAAACGAGACCUGGUCCACAUCAAACUUCAGGGUCCCUUCUUCCAGUGAGGCAACAAUGCCAAAAAAAAAAAAAAAAGCUAUGAUUUUCUUUCACCAGCAGUUUUUUUCUAAACAAUAUGCAGCACAUUUCAUCUCAGCUGUGUGGUCAGAUUUUGAAAAAUAAUUUUAUUAUCCUCUGAUUAUAAAAUGUGAUGCGUCUUAAUGAGUUUCCAGAAUGUACUUAACCUAUUAGGUUGUACUUGAGUGUGGUGCAUUUUGUUUGCUUUGAUUUAUAUGGAAACAGAUCAGGGAUAAGGUAAAGUCUGUGCAACAGUGCACAGUUUGUUUUGUGACAUGAGAAACAUUUGUUGCAAGUUUUGUCUGACAGUGUUUUCUGCUGUUCUGCUCCGUACAGAAAGCCGAUAUAUUUCAAGCAGAGUUAUAUACAGUAUUUUAUUUAAAUCUGUACACAUUCUACCUUAAGAUUACAAUGUAUAAAUGGGAAAUUGAUUAGAUUUGCAGGUUUUACUGAAUGCUUCUAAGUUUCAUAUUAAUAAUAUAUUGGAUCAACAACCCAUCUGAAUGAGUUAGUGAAUGAAAGUUGAAUUAAAUGGCACAGAAGUUGUC